AUGUCAGAUAACAUUCCUUUCAAAUUGGAAGCUCAAAUUAUAAAAAGGGUUCCUGUAAAAGCAUUGCUUAGAUUCAGAUCCGUUUCGAAACAAUGGAAGUCCCUCAUCGACAGCCCUGAUUUUGCUGCUGAUUACUGCGUCCGCCAAUCACAGCCACACCGUUUGCUUAUAAGGUACUUUUACAAGUACGAUUCGGCUUCGUACGUAGACGACAAUGAAAACAAGUAUGUUUCGGUUGCUGAUGAUGAUACUUAUCACCAACACCAAUUUCCUAGUACUACUCUUCCCAAAUCUGUUAACAGUUUUACAUGUAUAACAAUAGUCGGUUCCUCUCACGGCUUAUUUUGUUUCUAUGGUUAUGAUGGGAACCAACCCUUUUCUUAUGGUUAUAGAGACACAGAAAGUUUUAUGGUUGUUCUUUGGAAUCCUUGGAUUAGGAAAUCUGUUGAUGUUCCUGUGCCUAAUGUUCUGUGUAAGCAGUACGGAACCAUUUUAGGAUUCGGGGUUAGUCCACAAACUCCUAAGGACCCUAAGAUUGUUAAGAUUAAUAGUCUUUUUACUUCCGAUAUUGACACUCCAGUUCACAUCCCUUGGCGUGUUGAGGUCUUUACUCUAAGCUCGGGGACUUGGAAAAGUCCAUCAAACAAUCUCCCUUGUCGCAAUUCGAUUAUCUUUCAUUGGUCUCAGGUUGCUCUUGACGGGGUCAUUUAUUGGCAUGCUUUUGAGACGAUUAACGCGAAUGUAUGUGGAUUCAUGAAGAAUGGCGAACCUAUAGUUGACCAUGGCUCUGAUGCACUUUAUGCUUAUGACCCUUACUCAGAACGGAUCAAGGAUCUUGGGAUUGUUGGACAACGUUUUACCUUUUCCGUGAAGUCCUACAUGGAAACUCUACUUUCAACUCCAACUUGA